GCUGGUGAUACCUGAGUAAGGCAGUCAGCCCUUUCACUUCAGAGUUGGAUUGUUGGCUGGGGCUUGUUGGGGUUUCAGUGCCGAGUUCUGAUAGUGAUUAGAUUUUUUUUCUUGUUUGGCUGCACUCACACUGCAACAUGCAGGGGUUUGAGAACAUUUUGUUAUGGAACUUAAUGGCUGCAGUAAUCAUCUUGGGUCAAGCAAGGCCAAAUAUGAAGCUCAAUUCGCCAUCAAGCAGUGGUUUAAGGUCGGACUGUGUGGGUAAUCAAAUGAGGCUGUCGCUGGACAAGGCUUUAGCAUUGGGGAACCAACUCGAGGUGGAAGCCAUCAAUGGCAGCCAGCACAUUGUGUUGACACCCAGCUUGGCUGCUCAGUGUGGAUACAGCAUGGAGUCUGACCCGUGGGGUAACACCCGAAUCUACACGUCCCUGAUGGCCUGCUAUGUGGACAACAAAGAGGAUACAACAUUUAAUAUUGGCCUGAGACUCAAAAUGUACAGCCAGAGACCAUCAGAUAUAGUUAGUCACAAUGUGAUGCAGACAUGCAGCUAUACUCGGUGGGCCUCUCGAGAGAUUCUGUGCGACAGGAACUACAUGGAAGUGUCAAACUAUAUGGCUUUACCUGAUGCACAAGCUGAAGCUAAGGGGCAGUCUUGGGAAGACAGCUCAAAGAAUGUCACUCCUGAUGUGUCUGGUGCAGCACAUGGUAUCUGGAAGUUGACGUUUUACACUCCAGAACCAGUGUCCAUGGUGCUGAGGGAGGCUGAACAAGCUGGCUAUGGUGCCAUGUCUACGUCAAAUCGUCUGGUUAUGCGAAGCCCGUACAAUACAGCAGAGACCUAUUCGGAGGAUGUGGCUGGAGUCCCCAUGGAAGUCUUCAGGGUGAGUGUUUACUACAAGGCACCACAAGGUCUGAGUGUGGUGAACUUGGCAGCUGCUUGUCCCACAGGUGGUGUCCUCUUCACUGAGGAUGUAAUCUCUUGGCAUGUACCUCGUCGUGUGACACCUCUGCUAGAUGACAGCUUUAAAAUCGCAGAAAUGCACAUGGGCAUCAAUGGGCAGAGGCUAGAUAAAUCACAGAUGGCCACACAGGGGUACACACUAGCUACCACAGACUUUCACAUCGUCCUCGAGAUCCCAGUUGGCUCGCCUGAUGGUUACUACAAGAGCCAUGCCCCAGAUUAUCAGUACCACAUCACGUACACUGUGGAGCCCAUGCUUGAGGUACUGUGGAGGGCAGAUAACACCCAAGAGAACACCAGAUACAAGAUUUUGUUUCCCAUUACUACCCCUCUGAUGCCUCGACCUCCCCACAUCCAAGACGAUACCGUCUCAGAGGACCGGGUGUUCAGUGUUCACCUGGGGACCUUCCUUCAUGAUGUGGAGUUAAAGAACAUCACCUUCUCCACUGAGGUUCUCACUGUUGAGGAGUGCAGUGCCAGAGGCUUCACUGUCCAGGAGCAAAGGCUCCCCAGUGGAACCAAGAGCUUCUCUCUGCAAGUGCCUUUUGAUGCUGACGUUGUCCUGACACAACAUAAUUUUGAACAUUUGGUUACAGCCUACUUCCUCCAUCUGAUCUUUGGGUUUAUCAUCCUGCCUGAGGAGACUCCAUUCGCCCACCCAGUGGAAUUGCAAGCGUUCCUGCAGGAUGGUGUGCCACCCAAGAUCACUGGCACCUGUGAUGAGAACUGGUUUUACAUUGAUGUGAAAUACGGGAGUCCCAGCAUCAAUUUCAAGAUCACAGUUGGACUUCGAGAGCUGACACCUGAGCUGGCUGAGGGCUACAAUUUCCAAGAAAACAGUACACACUUCAGCCUCACGGUGCCAUACAAUGCCAUGGACUCGGCCUUUGAGCUUAUUACCUCAGAUUCGGUCAGAGCCAGACUUGACCUGAUUUUGUCUGACCCCAUCAACAACUGGGUGGUGGCUGAUCUCUACCUGGCUUGCAGCUUCCCCUUGAUGACAACUAAGUGCUAUUCCAAUGGAACAAUGACUGCUUUGGCUGUAAAGGUGGAAUCGGUGCCAAAUCUCAUCCCAAAUUUGCUGACGUUGAAGGACAAGUCCUGCAAACCAGUGUUCAGUGACGAACGCUUUGCAUACUUCUCUUUUAGUGUUGAUUCCUGUGGGACCACUAGAACGUUCUUUGACCACUACAUGCUAUAUGAAAAUGAGAUAGGUCUAGAUUACAAUGAUGGAGCAGCUUAUAAAUCAACUGAUCCUGAUUACAGGCAAACCAUUUCCUGCUACUAUGUGGUCAAUGACACUCAGACUGUUGCUUUCAGCUAUAAACCACGAAGUGUUGAACCCACAGCAGAGAUUGGUUCAGGACAGCUGGUAGUGCAAAUGCAGUUGGCUCAGGAUUCAUUGUAUGAAGUCUUCUACCAAGCAGAAGAUUAUCCAGUAGUGCAAUAUCUGAGGCAGCCGCUGUACUUUGAGGUGGAGCUGAUGCAUUCUGCUGACCCACAGUUGGAACUCAUCUUAGAGAACUGUUGGGCAACCCUUCAUGAAGACAGAACAUCUAUGCCCAGCUGGGACAUCAUUGUGGAUGGCUGUGAGAACCUCGAUGACAGCUAUGUGACGAUGUUCCAUCCUGUCCAAAGUGACACCAGGGUGGCAAUUCCAUCACAUGUCAAACGCUUCUCUGUAAAGAUGUUCACCUUCACCAAAGACAAAGAGGUUCUGAAGGAUGAGAUUUAUGUCCACUGUGAUGCAGUGAUUUGUGACACAAACAGCCAGGCAGACCCAGCCUGCAGAGGCCAGUGUGUCCAUCCUACAGGCAUGAGUAUCGCCAGAAAUCAAGCUAUAAAGGGAGGAAUAAAAAGAGGCCAAAGUAGUUCAGACUCCACUCACCAAAGGCAGCUCUCAUCUGGUCCAAUUCUUCAGUUAAACAGUCUGAAACCUCUGAAUAAACAGUUUUCUUAAAA